AUGACGACAGGUCUUUUUUUUCCACAUCUGCCUGACUCGACUCGGGGCACAUUCUUCGCAACAUCGACUAACCGACGUGUGCACUGGCGGAGCCCACAUGGCUGCAACCACACAAGGGUCCGCCGCAUGCUCACGACACAUUCGCACUGUUUACAACCUCCAAAUCAAACCGACAUGUCGAUAAGACCCUUGAAAAAAAAGUUAUACAUUGAUUUUGUUGGAGGUGUACCGGUUUCUGUUGUUCCUUGCCCUGGCUACGAUAUAGUGGAAGAGGCCGGCUCUAUGCGAUGA